GGAAGCCAGAGCACUGAACAGAGCGUCAGUCUGUAUCCUGACAGGGGGAGAUAAGGUGGCUGGAGAGCUAGCGGUGCUUUCCUGGAAUACAAUCUCUGUUUGACACUCUCUGCUUAAGCACUGCCCAUCUGUAUGUUAUUGUGCUGGAGCCUCUGGGGAAAAAGAGGAGCCACAGGCACGGAGAGUGAACGAGGGAGGCAGCAAAAGCGUUUUUCUUCCCUUCUUUUCCUUUUUUUUCCUUUUUUUUUCCCCGUCUUUUAAGUCGGGAUCCGGUUAGACUGCCUUGAAGUGCCACAUCUGGAAACUGAAUGCUGAAAGAAAGUUAAAAUAACUGAGGCACCACUAAGCCAAGGGGGGCUGAUUGCAGAAGAGGGUAAACAAUUACUGAGACGCUAGAAGACCACUGCUGGAUGUAAGGGGAGGAAAUGGCUUUGAUCUCCGCCUGGCCCCUCGUUUCUCCUGUAUUAUUCUUUUUGAGAUGCUUCUCCUCCAGCACAGCCUCGAGUGAGGGAAGCGUUUUUCAGUUUGACAUUGAAGGUAGCUCAGCGGUCAGCACGCAAGAAGCCACUGUUAUCAGAGGGCAGAAGCAGGCAGUAGCUACUGGAAGUUGGGUGCCUUUUGCUGAGGGAUGCCAAGAAGGAUUUUAUCGUACCAGCUCAGGAAAAUGCUCUCCUUGCAACUGUAAUGGUAAUGCAAACAGAUGCCUUGAUGGAUCUGGAAUCUGUGUGGACUGCCAGAGAAACACAACAGGACAGCACUGCGAGCAGUGUCUGGAUGGCUUCAUUGGUGAUGUUGUCAGAGGAGUGCCCACCUUCUGCCAGCCCUGCCCCUGUCCCCUGCCAGCACUUGCCAACUUUGCAGUCUCCUGUUACAGAAAAAGUGGAAGUGUGCGUUGUGUCUGCAAGGAAAACUAUGCAGGACCCAACUGUGAAAGGUGCGCCCCUGGUUACUAUGGGAACCCUUUGCUAAUUGGAAGCACUUGUAAAAAAUGUGACUGCAAUGGCAACUCAGACCCAAAUCUGAUUUUUGAAGACUGUGAUGAAGUGACCGGCCAGUGCCGCAACUGCCUGCACCACACCAGCGGCUUCAAGUGCGAACGAUGUGCUCCGGGCUACUAUGGGGACGCCAGAUUAGCUAAAAACUGCACAGCAUGUAGCUGUGGAGGGAGAAUGUGUGACAGCCAAACUGGAGAAUGCCUCGCAGACAGUCCUGAAGUUUCUACUGACACAGACUGCCCAACCAUCAGCUGCGAUAAAUGUAUUUGGGAUUUGACAGAUGACAUCCGAUUGUCAGUUCUGGCUAUUGAUGAAAGCAAAGCCACUUUACUGAGCAUUUCUACAGGUGUUGCAGCUCAGAGGCGUUUGAAUGACCUGAACUUCACUACCACUCAUCUCCAGGAGGCAAUGUCCAAAAAAAAGAACCAUGCUGUACUUUGGACCAUCCAGGUUGAUGAUGCUGCAGAUGAGAUGAAUGAUCUCCUCAGAGAAGCAGAAACACUUGAUGAACAGGGGAAUGAAGCAUCCAGCAAAGGCCAACUGGUACAGAAGGAAACCACGGAGAUCAACAACCGUGCUUCUCAGCUUGUGCAGCAGCUCAAUAAUAUAAGAGAUAACAUUGAAGAAAUCAGCAGCAAGUCAAAAUACUAUGCAAUUCAACAAGAGCUGAGCCCUGAAGAAAUUGCCCAGAAGUGGAGUGUGGCUGAGGAGAUGCUGAAGGAGAUCAAACAACGAAAGCCUUUCACUAAUCAGAGGCAACUUGCAGACGAGGAGGAAAAUGCAGCAGAGGAGUUGCUACAGCAAAUUGAAGCAUUUCACGAGAAGUACAAUGACACCAGAUCCCUGGUAACUGAUGUGCUGGAGCAGCUCAGCGAACAGGAUGUGAAGCUGUCAGACCUGGAGGAGGCAUUAGACGAGGCACUUGACCAUGUUAAACAAACAGAGGAUAUAAAUAGGGAAAACACAGCCAGGCUCCAAAGGCAGGAGAAACAACAUGAGAACAUAAAAGAGCAAAUAGAUGAAGUGAACAGCAUUCUGCUCAGUGCCACAACCAUUUUGGAAGGACCACAAAAGGUCAACUCUGAGUUAAGCGAAGUAAUAAAGAAUGCAUCAGGGUUCUACGCAGAAAUAGAUGGAGCAAAAAAGGAAUUGCAAGAAAAAAUAGCCAAUCUGUCCCUGUUUGAUGAUGAUUUGGUAGAAAAAGCUAUGAAUCAUGCACACGACCUAAGAAGACUUGCUGAUGAGCUGGACGGGAAUUUGUAUGGUGUUGAUUCAAACGGUUUGGUACAAAGGGCAAUCAAUGCUUCAAAUGCGUAUGAAAACAUUGCCGGUUAUAUCGAAGAAGCCAAUAAAGUUGCAUUGCUGGCACUGAACACAACAAACCGGGUCAAGGAUGCUGCAGUUGGAAUUGAUACUCAGGUCGUUUACCAUAAAGGUAAAAGUGAAGAACUUCUCAUCCGAGCCAUGCAGCUACAACGGACAGCACAUGACAGUAGUGGUUACACCAUUGCAGACACCAGCUGGCAAGUCAAUGGCACUUUUGCCAGAAUGAGUGCCCUGCGGAGCCAACUGAUGAGAGCCAUUGCAAAAAUGCAAUCAGCAGAGACAGCUGAGGCCAGAGAGCGUUUGGAGCAAGCUCAGAUGAAGACUGCAGAGGCUGUAGGUGCUACCACGACAGUAACGCAGGCUACAACCCCCAUGGAUGAGAACGUGAGGUUGUGGUCCCAAAACCUGCAAGACUUUCAGCACAAUUCAGAGGCAUAUGAUAGUGCUGUGCAUUCAGCUGGGGAUGCAGUGAAGAAACUUACAGAAGUUUUCCCUCAACUCCUGGACAAACUGCGCAGAGUAGAACAGAAGGCACCAGCAAACAAUAUUUCUUCCAGCAUUCAGCGGAUCAGAGAGUUAAUUGCUCAAACCAGGAGUGUAGCAAGCAAGGUCCAAGUUUCCAUGAUGUUUGAAGGCCAAUCAGCUGUUGAAGUCAAUCCAAAGAUCAACGUGGAAGAACUGAAAUCUUUCACUUCCAUGAGCUUGUACAUAAAGCUUCACAAAGACAACCCACAACUGGCAGCAUCACCAGACAGAUUCAUUUUGUACCUUGGAAACAAAAAUGCAAAACAUUAUAUUGGUCUUGCAAUUAAAAAUGACAACCUUGUGUACAUUUAUAAUCUGGGGGGCCAAGAUGUGGAGAUACCUCUGGAUGCCAAGCCAGUCAGCACCUGGCCUUCCUACUUCAGCAUCAUCAAAAUUGAGAGGAUUGGAAGACACGGCAAAAUGUUUUUAACUGUGCCCAGUCUUAGCAGCACAGCUGAAGAAAAAUUUAUCAAAAAGGGUGAGGUCCUUGGUCCUGGCUCCCUUCUUAAUUUGGAACCUGCAAAUUCUGUUUUCUAUGUUGGUGGAGUGCCUCCAGACUUCAAGCUCCCUCCUAGCCUAAACCUCCCUGGCUUCAUCGGCUGCCUGGAACUGGCUACCCUGAACGAUGAUGUGAUCAGCCUGUACAACUUCAAGCACGUCUACAACAUCGACACCACCACAUCGCCACCUUGUGCCAGAGAUAAGUUGGCUUUCACUCAGAGCCGGGCUGUGAGCUAUUUCUUUGAUGGCUCUGGCUAUGCCUUGGCCAGAAACAUUGAGAGAAGGGGAAAAUUCAGCCAGGUGACUCGAUUUGACAUCGAAGUUCGAACACCUACAGACAACGGAUUGAUCCUGCUGAUGAUUAAUGGGAGCAUGUUCUUCAGCCUAGAGAUGCACAAUGGUUUCUUAUACCUCCGCUAUGACUUCGGUUUCAGCAACGGCCCCGUGCUUCUUGAGGACUCCAUGAAGAAGGCUCAGAUUAAUGAUGCUAAAUUUCAUGAGAUUUCUAUUAUAUAUCACAAUUCCAAGAAGAUGAUCUUGGUAGUAGACAGAAGACAUAUUAAAAGUGUGGACAAUGAAAGAACAGCAAUGCCAUUCACAGAUAUUUACAUUGGAGGAGCACCUGCUGAGAUCUUGCACUCUAGCAGCAUUAGCUCUCAUCUGGCAGGAAGUAUCGGCUUUAAAGGCUGCAUGAAGGGCUUCCAGUUCCAAAAGAAGGAUUUCAACUUGUUGGAAGAACCAGGAACCCUGGGAAUCAGCUACGGGUGCCCAGAGGAUUCACUGAUGUCCCGCAAUGCAUAUUUCAAUGGAGAGAGCUUCAUUGCAUCAAGCCAAAAAGCGUCCCUCUUUACUGAAUUCGAAGGAGGCUUUAAUUUCCGGACAUUGCAGCCCAGCGGGCUGUUGUUUUACUAUUCUGAAGGAUCAGAUGUAUUAUCCAUCUCUAUGGAGAGAGGUGCUGUGGUUUUAAAUGCAAGUGGAACCAAAAUUCAGUCACCAGACCGAAAUUACAAUGAUGGAAAAACCCAUUUCAUCAUUACUUCUGUCACCCCAGAAAGGUAUGAGCUGACUGUUGAUGACAAGAAACAGAGCAAGAAGAACCCAGCAAAGGACAGAGCAGGGAAAAGCCCAGACAGCAUCAAGAAGUUUUAUUUUGGUGGCUCUCCCCUCAGAACACAGCAAGCCAACUUCACUGGCUGCAUAAGCAACGCCUACUUCACUAGGUUGGAUCAAGAGGUUGAAGUGGAAGAUUUCCAGAAGUACUCUGAGAAAGUUCAGGCAUCUUUGUAUGGAUGCCCUGUUGAAUCUCCUCCAGUUGCUCUUCUCCAUAAGAAAGGAAAAAACUCAUCAAAAGCCAAAGGAAACCGUAAUAAAAAGGUGGGAAGACAUAAAGACAAGAUUUCACAGCCUUCAUCUAGCCUCAAAAAACUGUAUCAAGCGAAUUUGCAAAGAGACCCUCAGUGCCACUUGCCCAUGAAUCCCAAAGCAACUGAACAUGCCUACCAAUUUGGAGGAACAGCAAACAGCCGGCAAGAGUUUGAUCACGUACCAAAGGAUUUCAGUCAAAGAGCUCACUUCUCUAUCAGUCUGAAAACUCACUCAUCUCAUGGAAUGAUUUUCUACGUUUCGGAUCAAAAAGAGACCAACUUCAUGGCCCUUUUCGUUGCUCAUGGCCGACUCAUUUUUAUGUUUAAUGCUGGUCAUCAGAAGAUAAGGAUUAAGAGCCAAGAGAAAUACAAUGAUGGUCUGUGGCACAACGUGAUAUUUAUUAGAGGCAAAAAUAUUGGUCGCUUGAUAAUUGAUGGUCUCCGAGUACUAGAAGAACCUUUUGAUGGGAAUGCGAAUACUUGGCAAGUCACUGAACCACUCUAUAUUGGAGGUGUAGCUCCCGGAAAAGCUGUGAAAAACAUCCAGAUUAACUCUGUCUACAGCUUUAGUGGUUGUCUCAGCAACUUACAGCUCAAUGGAAGACCACUUACUUCAGCUUCACAGACUUUUAGUGUAACACCUUGCUUUGAAGGCCCAUCAGAAGCAGGAACAUACUUUUCAUCAGAAGGAGGAUAUGUCGUCCUUGAUGAAUCCUUCAGUUUAGGCCUGAAAUUUGAAGUUGUUUUUGAAAUACGUCCCCGAAGCAGCUCAGGAAUCCUACUGCAUGGUCACAGCGUGAAUGGAGAGUACUUGAACAUGCACAUGAGAAAUGGACAGGUUACUGUGAAACUGAAUAAUGGAAUCCGGGAUUUUUCAACUUCAGUGACACUGAAACAGAGUCUCUGCGAUGGCAGGUGGCAUCGAAUUGCAGUUAUUAGAGAUGCAAAUGUGGUGCAGCUGGAUGUAGACUCUGAAGUCAACCAUGUGGUAGGGCCGCUAAAUCCAAAGGCAAUUGACCACAGGGAGCCAGUGUUUAUUGGAGGUGUACCAGAGUCCCUGCUAACAUCAAGCCUGACUACACGCAAUUCCUUCAUUGGCUGCAUUCGUAACUUCAUGAUUGAUGAAAAGCCAGUGAGUUUUAGUAAAGCAGCUUUGGUUAGUGGUGCUGUAAGCAUUAAUACCUGUCCAGCAGCCUGAUAGUGCACUGCAUCGAUUCUGAAAAGUUCCUUAGACCUCAGAAAGAAAACUGGAGCAAAAGAAACCGUGUUCAGCAAGAAAAGAAGAAUGAAAAUAUCACAGCUACAUCUACAGAAAGCAGGAAGGGGGGUCAGUUCUAAUAUUUACACGCAAACAAAAAUCACUGAAGAAUAAAGGGCUGUUGCUUCUGCACUUCUCUUAAUAUACCACAAGAGUGAGCUUUACCAUUUCUUACAGUGUAUGCGUGGCCAGUCUGUUACACAAAAAUAUGGGACUAUAAAGGAAAUUAAAAUGAUAUUAAAUGUUACUUUCAAAAUAGAUCCUCUACAAAAUUUCAUUCCGUAUCUUAGUCACCCUUUGUUCCACAGAAAAAGAUCUGCUAAAGCACAUUAGAGAAUAAAGCUAGAUAAGAGAUUUACAUCACAAAUACUUUUCAGAGAUCUUAUUGUAUAUUUUUAAUUUUCCAUUCAACUCAUUUAUAUAUUCCUCAAAUAAAAUGGGGGAAGAGAGUAUACUAAUUAUGUAAGCUUACAAACAAUGAAAAAUUAACAUUUUUAUUCCACUUCUAGACUUCAUGGAUAUGUUCUAGCACAAUAUGAAGAAAAGAUGUAUAUCUUUUAAGACAGAUGCUUAUAUAUAUAUAUGCUCAUUUACCUAAACUAGGUAAUUUUAGAGUAAUGCUUGCCUUAGAGACAAUUCCAAAUUUCAAGUUUUUUCUCCGAAUUUUUAAAUGCACUUACAUGCAAACACAGCACUAAAUUCACAAUCUCAUUGUGAUCUCAUUUGCACUAAUGUUACACAAGUAAACAUGAAGUGUAGAAAGCAGAAUCACAGUCACAGUUUCAGGUGACUCCCUUAUCAUACAAAACCAUCACUUCCCUGUGAGACUCCUGCAGGACUUCAGUUUACAGCAGUAAUCCUCAAACAAGGAACAUGUUCCUUUGGAAGAUAUGCUGCUGCAGAGGAACCGGGAGUGACAUGGGAAGAUAGAAGGCAAAGGGCUGUAAAUCUGAGCUAUGUUAUACCCAUAGAAGGUAGAUGGAAGUUAAUGGUAGGGUUCAACUCACAGUAGGCUUGAACAUGAAAUAGACACAAGUCACUUGCAAAACUUAGUCCCUUCAGUGAUCACCUACACGGAAUCAUUUAGCUUUCUUUUCUUUAAAGAAUAAAAUAAUGUUACAGAAAGUUUUAUGGUUGCUGAGCAAAUUAUUGUUGGAACCAACUCAAAACAUGACCAGCUGCAAAGCAGGAAAGUAUGAAAUGUGAAAAUAAAGGACAACACCCUAGAGACUAAAAAUUAAUAGGAAUUCAUCUGGAAAACACAUAAAUGACAACUGGAAUCCAAAGAUCUUGAAAGUACGGACAGAUGGAAGAACCACCAGGAUAAGGUACAUAUGUAAGCACUAAGCAGCAGCUUCCCUACUACUCUCAGUAGGGUGAAAAAAGUGUUUUGACACACUGCAGCAGACUUGGCUUACUCUGGAUAAAGAACUGCAACCUCUGGAUGCACAGGCACAGGAACUCUCCAGCAGCUGGGACCCCAUCACUGACUCUCCACUUGUCUCUAGAGUCCAAUAUUGGGUGGUAAGUGAACACAGUGGGGAUUCAUCAGUCACUGUCUCUCCUUUCACCAGCCUUGUUAGCUCUGCUCAUACUUUCAGCCCCAUUCCUGUUCUGCUUGCCUUCUCCUGAACACAUCCCCUUUUCUCUUCCCUGCAACUCUCAGGCAAUAUGCUCCAAGGACUGAUUCCCCUUCCAACCCCUUAAAGACACCCUCUGCUUCUGGGACUGAUAUAUAGACCCUUCUUUUCAUCACUCCACAGCCCACUGUUCAUACUUGAGAAGCAAGCAGUAAAGUAUCCCUCUUCAGUCUCUCUGGAUCAGGCAUAGAUCCCUAAAUCCAGUUACCUUUAAAUGCCAUCUUUAUCUCAGGCACCAAAACCAGUGUGCUUGCUCAGCUUUUUCCUGCUCCCAGCUACUACCCAGACAUGGAACAGAAAAAUUACGGCUUUUGCUUUGGGAACUUUUUUUAUUAUUGGUGUUGAGGGUGAAUGUCCUCAGAUCAGUGAGCUGGGUUCCCACUGGUUACAGAGGCCAUGGAUGGUGCCAGAGCAGUGCAGCUGGGAGCAGGAAAAAAAAGGAAGUCUCUCUCCUCCCAGUGCCAGUGAGUUGUUAGAUUGGCUCAAAAAAGCUCAUGACACCACAGCCUGAGGUAAGCUUCCUCAGGUCCUGGUCUCCAGGACCCUAUUGCUGGAGAGAAAAAACCAGCAGAUUCCCUGCUUAGAUAGGUUCGUUACAAGGAUUACUGAAAUUCCUUUUGAGUUGCCUGCAGCUGCUCAGCAGAGAUAGCCAGGAAUAGCAUAUGCUUGUGCCCCCUAAGAGCAUCAGAGUUUAGUGAAUGCUGGUAUUAAGUGGAGCAUUGUAUGUCAACUGGUACACACAUACUCGGAAUGUUUUUCUGUCUUACACCUACUUCAAACUAAAGCGUAUUUUCUCAUAUCCACGUCCAAGCUCUGUGAAUAAACAAUAUUUCUCUUAGCCAUAUUUGCUGAAAUGUGAUUUGGUUUUAUUCUGUGGAUUUACAUUUAAGAAUGACUUUUCCGAUUAAUCACUCCUUUGCAUACUUUAUAUAUGGAAAACUAAAAAUACACUAAAACAGUAUGUGAAUAAAAACCACGUUAAAAUUCA